CUGCCGCAGUGCUUUUUGGGUAGUAUCCCUAGUUACUGUUGCUAAGGCUACGGGUCACAGAAGACGGUGAGAGUAAGAAGUUUAGCAAGGGAGACCUCAGCGAGAGGUCAAGGGUCAGUCAGAGCAGGAAGGAGAUGGUGAAGCAGACUAUCCAGAUUUUCGCAAGGGUAAAGCCCCCUGCCCGGAAGCAACAACAAGGGAUUUAUUCCAUAGAGGAAGAUGAAAAGUUAACACCUAGCUUGGAAAUUAUCUUACCACAUGACUUGGCUGACGGAUUUGUGAAUAAUAAGCGAGAAAGCUACAGAUUUAAGUUUCAAAGGAUUUUUGAUCAUGAUGCAAAGCAAGAGAUCAUUUUUGAAAACAUUGCCAAGCCAGUCGCUGAGAGUGUCCUGGCAGGGUACAACGGUACCGUCUUUGCCUACGGGCAGACAGGAAGUGGCAAGACCUUCACUAUCACGGGUGGAGCCGAGCGCUAUAGCGACAGAGGGAUCAUCCCAAGGACGCUGUCCUACAUUUUCCAACAGUUGCAGAAGGAUAGCAGCAAAAUAUACACAACACACAUUUCCUACUUGGAAAUCUACAACGAGUGUGGUUACGAUCUGCUGGAUCCAAGACACGAAGCCUCCAGAUUGGAAGAUUUGCCGAAAGUGACAAUUUUGGAGGACCCCGAUCAGAACAUUCACCUGAAGAACCUGUCUCUUCAUUCGGCAACGACAGAAGAGGAAGCUCUGAAUUUGCUUUUCUUAGGAGACACCAACAGAAUGAUCGCAGAGACGCCUAUGAACCAAGCUUCAACCCGUUCCCACUGCAUCUUCACUGUUCAUUUAUCCAGCAAGGAGCCCGGAUCGGCCACCGUCCGGCACGCCAAGCUCCACCUGGUUGACCUGGCUGGCUCCGAGCGAGUGGCCAAGACCGGAGUGGGGGGCCAGCUUCUCACCGAGGCCAAGUACAUCAACCUGUCGCUGCAUUACUUAGAACAGGUCAUCAUCGCCCUUUCGGAGAAGAACCGCUCGCACAUUCCCUACAGGAACUCCAUGAUGACCAGCGUCCUCAGGGACAGCUUGGGAGGGAACUGCAUGACCACCAUGAUCGCAACACUGUCCUUAGAGAAGAGGAACAUUGAGGAGUCAAUAUCUACCUGCAGGUUUGCACAACGGGUGGCCCUCAUCAAGAAUGAAGCCAUCCUUAACGAAGAAAUUGACCCCAAGCUGAUGAUUAUUCGCCUGCAGAAGGAAGUCCAGGACCUGAAGGAAGAACUGGCCAUUGCCACCGGGGAGCAGAGGACAGAGGCGCUCACCGAAGAGGAGCUCCUGCAGCUGGAAAUACUGAUAACAUCCUUUUUGGAAGACCAGGAUCCAGAGAGCAGACUAGAGGUUGGCGCUGAUAUGCGUAAAAUUCACCACUGUUUUCAUCAUUUAAAGAAACUUCUGAAUGACAAGAAGGUCCUCGAGAAGGAUGCAGGUCGCUCCGAGGCCGAGCGCCAGGACAGCCAAGAGCCCCGGAGAGAGGGAGAGUACAGAAAGCUCCAGGACACACUGAAGCAGAGAGACAGCGAGAUCAAUAUUCUGGUCAACAUGUUAAAGAGGGAAAAGAAGAAAACUCACGAUGCUGGCCACUUACCCAGCAUGGACAGAAGUGAGCCCAGACCCUGCCAGGCCUCUCCCGCCCCGUCCAGGAGCCCACAGGGAGGACAGAGGACGUCACCAUCCUGGGCUCCAGCUCAGGCCCAGGACUCCGGCGUUUCCGGGUACAGAUCCAGUUUGCUGCACAGGAAAACAGGGACGAGAGAGGAAAUGUCCUUAGGACGCCAGGAGGCUUUUGAAAUCUUCAAGAGAGACCACGCUGACAGCGUCACCAUUGAUGACAACAAACAGAUUCUGAAACAGAGAUUUUCUGAAGCAAAAUCCCUGGGAGAAAGUAUAAAUGAAGCAAGAAGGAAAAUCGGUCACCUGAAGGACACCAUCACGCAGCGGCACGUGCAGCAGGUGGCCCGAGGACUCUCGGAAAACAGCACCGCGUCGCGGGGGCCAGACCCACAGGAGGAGCAGCUCCGGCUGCAGCUGGAGGAGGAGAAGAGGAGGUACAAAACAAUGUUCACACGCCUCAAAGCCCUGAAGGUGGAGAUCGAGCACCUGCAGCUGCUCAUGGACAAAGCCAAGGUCAAGCUGCAGAGAGAAUUCGAAGCCUGGUGGGCAGCAGAGGCCAGCAGCCUGCAGGUGCGUUCUCCAGCCGCGGAUCCACUGGGUCCAGGGAAGCUUUUUCCCCCGACCACCGAGCCCCAGCCGGACUGGACCCAGCUCCUGGCUAACCGAAGAGCCCAUGCUACAUGCCCCUGCCACCUCCAUCCGUUGGGCCAGGAGCAGCCAGAAGAGAGGCCACGGCUGCACAAGUAAGGCGACUGUCUCUGUCUGCCACCCCAGAGCCACCUGGCCCUCAGCUUUGAAGGCCUGCUGAGGCCUCACCUUGGAAGCAUGCAGCAGAGUCUUGAAAGCACAGAGGCGCCAAUGGCGUCCCAACUGCGAGGUGAGGAACCCGCACUGGGCUCCCCUUGGAUGCAGGAGAUGCUCUGAGCCGAUCGCCCCAGGCGAGGCAGGAAGAGAACCUUGGCCAGGUCCCAGCCAGCCCUCCCCCAGACUCACAAGGUCGUCAGGAUCCAGGAGCCCGAGUGCUACAGCCAGGAGCUGUCAGAGGAGCCGUGACCGCCAGGUGUCCUGUGCGCUGGGUGGGAACAGAGAAAGACUCCGCGUGGAAAUGAAGAGGAGCCUAGUGAAGGGGCCUCAGAGAGCCAACGAGCCCGCAUCACCACACAGAAAUGUGCAACAGUGAGCCGCAAGGUGUGUGCAAACCUGAAACUUCUGUAACUUACAGACACCAAAGAAGGCUCAUCCAGAGCAGGACAGGCCCGCCGCGGAGCCCUCGCGCCAGGCAGCAACUCCCGCGGUGCCACCUUGCUUGCCGGGCCAGAAACACAGCCCGGGGGUCCUUCUCAGCCCAGGGAGCCAGCGGCCCUGUGUUCUGUUUGGCUCAGGGGGUGCCUUAAAUAGCAGUAUCCAUUCAUAGAGAAAAGAACUGAUCAGUUAGACUUCAUUUACAUUUUAGAUGCUGCUUUGUUAAAGAAAGGAAAGGCGACCUGGGAUUGGUAGUGCAGGCCUGAAAUCCCAGUACUCCCAUGCAGCAGGACUGCGGUUCAAGCCCAGCCCGGGCAGUUUGGUGACUUCGUGAAAACCCGUCUCAAAAUUAAAAAGGGCCGGGGAUGUUUACAGCUCAGUGCAGCGGCCCUGGGUUCAGUCCCCGGGACCACAAGAAAGAGACAGGAAGGACGCAAAGGAGAAGGGAGAACAUAGCUGCAGAGCAGGCACAAUACCUGCAAACUCACAUCUGCAAAGCACUGACUGCAAACACCGCGGGGGGUGAGGUCAACAGUUAGGAAAUAACUGAGUUAUUUCACUCCGCGGAGGGAAAGAGCCUAACCACCCCUUGGCCACUGGGACACAGAUGGCAGAUAACUGUGGGACCAGGGGCUCAGCACUCUGCACUGGGGACUCGCAGCUGAUUAAAACAAGGAGGUAGCACUGAGCCCACCAGGCCCCCUCGCAGGCCCCCUCCUCCUCCAAAGGCCUGGGCAGCGGGACUCCCACACGUGACCCUCACCACCGCAGAGGGGCAAUGCCAAGCUCAGCCCCCUCCAACAGGGAAACUGAGCCCCGCAAAGGAGAGACUGUUUUAACAGCGUUGCUAAUAACAUAAAGCCCUCACAGUGACAUCCAGGGCCCAAGCCCCACAUGUGAUGGCUCUUUCACCUCCUCCCACCCGCUCCCUGCCUCUCCUCUGUCCCUUCUCUCCCUCGCACCUUCCUCCCACCUCUGUCUCCUCCUCCCAUGCAGCCUUCCCAUGUCCCUGUCCCACGAGCCAGGGUGGCCGUGUGUCCAUGCAGCUGCCUCGGAACAGGUCCAAGGCCCUGAGGCCCAGGCACUCCUGAGACACCCAGGGUCAGCUUCCCGCUGCUCCCAGGGUGGGGCCCCUCCUGGGCCAACCUCACGCACACCACAGAGAAGGCUGCGGUGCAUGGUGCUGGACAUGGCUCUUCCCACAGCGUGGCCUUGGGCCAGAAGCUUCUCACACUGAGGUCCCUCGCCUCAUCUGUAAGAUGCACGGGGUCCCCCAACACUGCCACCCUGUGAGCAGGUGAACAGUCGGGCCCAUGACUGCUUCCGCCUGAACUCCAGGCCAUUGGUUGCUGACACAGACACAGGGCCCCCAGAGGCCACAGGGACACUCGGCUGGGCAGCCAGGGGCCUCCCCCUCAGCAGCGCUGCACCAAGAGGUGAUAAUUCAUUCCACAGCUGACAUGCUCCCCCUCCAGAAGGACAUCAGUGAAAGGGCAUUCGGUGUCAUGGGAAGGCAGAGGUCACGGUGCCUCCCUGCCCAGGCUCUCCAGGAAGCUCCGAGCAUGCGGGAUGUCUCCAUCUGCCCCGUGGCAGCCACACUUUCUGCCCUCCCGGGUCCAUUCCACUUUCUCAUCUGCCAGCUUCUAGUCCUCAGCAGGUUGGCAGCUGUGAACUGCCCCGCAAUCUGAAAAGGUCCCCACCGCUACACACUGAGCUCAUGAGUCACGGAUUCCCACCUGACCUUGGCCUUCUCAGCUGGAACCGAGGCACCUUCGGGGGGAGCACCUCCCUGCUCCCCUCUCCAGACCUGCUGCCCCAGGGACCACCAGGAAUCCUGAGAAACAGUCACUGCUCUCCAAAAACCAGCAGGCAGGGCCUGCCACCUUGUGGCGGCCUCCGGUCCUGCCACAGCCCUCAAAGAUCCAGCACAGAGCAGGGGCCUCUCUCUCUGAGUCCAGGGGACAGUGCCCGCCCUGCUAGGAGAUGACAGGUGGGGUCUUCUGGUUUCCCCUCCUGUUUGUCUGACCCACAGCUCUGAGCCCAGGGUCAGGGGCCCUGCAUGUGUGCAUAGCCGAGAUGGAAGGGGGCAGCAGGCUGGAACUGGGGACCUGGGGACACAGGUGGUGACCUGCGGGGAGGACUUGGCAAAGCCAGCUCACCUGUCUCUCACAGGGCCCACCUCUCAGCCUGGCCCGAUGUCCCCACCUGUGAAAGGACGUCUGAUGGGCCAUCUCCUGGGCCUCGUCCAGCUCUGAGCUGGCCCCCACGUGGGACCAUCCCAGAGCGAGGACAGCGCAGCUUAGCAUGAGUGCCGCGUCCUUACCACCUGCUGCCAGGUGCCACUCCACUCGGCCCACAGGGCUGAGGCUGCGGGCAGCAGUGCCCCUGGGAGCCCACCGGGCCUCCUUGGGGUGCGGAGCGAGCGGUGCCUAAGCUCCGAGGCAUCACAGAGCUGCCUCGAGCUCUGUCCCACCACCAAGCAGAUUCUCUCCACACCGGGAGGCACCUGGGUCCCGGCCCGGUGACACCCUCUGCCUGCCGCGCAAAGGACCGGUGCACGGUGCUGGCACGCGGACGGGGGCUUUUCAGCUUCAGCAGCCAAACCUGCGCCCCACAGCAGAAGUCAGCGUGGAAACGGCGCUCGCUCCUGGCUCUGUGUCCUGCCUGCGCUCACAUUCAGCCUCUUCAUUCCCAGCAAACGCUUCUCUCCCCAGCCCUCAGCUCCAAGGGCAGGAGCUGGCAGCUCCAGGAGCAGGCGGAAGAGGCAGGGCGCUCUCUGCCGUCUCCAAGGUCACUCCAGCCCUUCCCAAAGGCUGUGUCGCCACGGCCAAAUCAGCCCCCAGACACUGCCCCUGAUUACCAUCACCUUGGGGCUCAGGUGCAGCACAGAUGACUCGGUUCCCAGUGAGGCUUCCCACCUGCCCUCCCUCUUGGAGGACACAGGACAGAGGCUGACACCACCUUCCUGCUGUGUUUAGAUGGACGGAUAGACAGGAAGGCGCACAGACAGGCAGCUAGACAGACGGAAAGGCAGACAUGCAGACAGACAGGCAAACACAGACAGAAAGGAGACAGACAGGUGGACACCACGCUCUGACUUCUAUUCCUUUUCUUCUUUUUUUUUUAACACCAAGUACAUUUAUUAGAGAAAAAAUAAAGUGUGGAAAUACCCUCAUAUCUGUCCUUGAGAAAUUAGAAAUAAGAGACAGAACAAAACCAAAAAUGAAUAGAAGAAAAUAAAGAUCAGAAGACAACCCCCUAUCAAAUUGCCAACAUCAUUUUUCAUAUAGAUUAACAUUUUGAUUCUUACAUUUCUGGAAAAAUAGAAAAGCCUCAGAAUUAGUCUAAACAACUUUGAUAAAGGAACAGAAUUAGAGCUCCAACCCUCCCCAAGCCCAUGACUGAUCCCAGAGUUACGGCAAUCAUGACAAAACGGCCUUGAUAUCAAGGUAGACAAACUCCAGAGUACCAAUUUAAAGUCCCAAAAUAGAUAUCACGUAACAGACAAUUGAUUUCUGGCAAAGAUGCAAAAGCAAUUAAGUGGAGAAAAGACUGCACCCUCAAUAAAUAUACUGGAGCACCUGGAUAUCCACACGCAAAACCCCAAACCGUACGGCACAUCCAGCAUUUCUUAAGACAGCCGAGAGUCAACUGGAAAUGGCGCGCAGUGGGUUAGAGUGAAGGCAGGUGUGGCCUGAGUCGUUGCUUAGCUAAAGGCAUUUUCUCUGGGACAAAAUACAUGUUUUUUCUUAUCAUGCUAAUGAAACAAUAUGGUGUUUAUUCACGUAUGACAUGUUUAUUUCACUGAGAAGUAUGUCCUCAAGGCACAUCCAUUUACCUAUAAAAAUAUCCACUUUAUCAUGAUUUAUGGCUGAAUAGUAUUCCAUUAUAUAGAAAUACCACAUCUUUUUUGGCCCAUUGCUCUGCCAAUGGGCAUUUAGAUUGUUGCCAAGAUGUGGCUGUUAUUAACCAUGUUGGUAUAAACAGGGGUGCACAUACAUCAUUCUGGUAUGAUGUUUUUCAUUUGGGGAGACGGUGCCCAGAAAGGGAAUAGCUUGGUCAAAUGGGACCUCCAAUUCUAGGUUUUUUUGAGGACUCUCCACUAAUUUCCAUAGUGGUUGCACCAGCCUGCACUCCCACCAACAGUGGAGAAGGGUUCCUUUCCCCCCACAGCCCCUCCAGCAUUUGUUACUGGUUGAUUUCUUAAUACUAGCCAUUCUCUCGAGUGACCGGUGCUGUUGAACAUUUUUUCACAUAUUUAUUUGCUGUUCAUAUUUCUUCAUCUGAGAAAUGCGUGUUCAUCUCAGAUGCUCAUUUUUGGAUUGGGUUUUUAAAUCUGGGAGGACUGAAUUUUUUGAGUUCUUUAUACAUUCUUGAUAAUAAUCCUUUAUCUGAGGAACGGCUGGCAAACAUCUACCACGUUGUGGGUUCUGUCUUCACUUUUGUUGAUGAUUUCUCUUGCUGUGCAAAACUUGUCAGUAGGAUGCGAUCCCAUUUGUUGAUUCUUGUGAUAAGUUCUGUGUACUCUGGGUUUUAUUCAUAAAGUCUUUGCCUACACCAGUGUCUUCAAGAGUUUUACCUACUCCAGCAGAUUUAAUGUUUCUGUUUUGAUAUUAAGAUCUUUAAUCUAUUCUGAUUUUAGCUUAGUAUAUGGUAAAAGAUGUGGGUCCAGUUUUAAUCUUUGACAUGUGAAAAGCCAGUGUUUCCAAUACCAUUAAUUAAAGAGGCUGUCUUUCUUCCAGGGAAUAUGUUUGGUACCUUUGUCAAAGGUAAGGUAGCUUAGUGUGUCUGCAGUUAUUUCUGCAUCUUCUAAUCUAUUCCAUUGAUCUUUAGGUCCAUUUUUGCCAGUACCACACUGUUUUUACCACAGUAGCUUUAUAGUAUAAUUUUGAUUCAAGGAUUGUGAUGCCUCCUGUCUUGUUUUUCUUGCCGAGGAUUGCCUUUGCUAUUCUAGAUCUCUUCUGAUUCCAAAUAAAUUUUAGGACUGUGAUAUAUGCUAUUGGAAUUUUGAUUGGGAUUGCAUUGAAUCUGUAUGACAGUUUUGGAGAUAGGGCCUUUUUCACCAUAUUGGUUCUUCCUGCCCAAAGAGCAUGGAUGUCUCUCCAUUUUCUAAUAUCCUCUUCAAUCUCCUUUUUCAGAGUACUGUAAGCUCUUUUACAUCUUUCAUUAGAUUGAUCCCUAAGUAUUUCAUUUUUUGGAUGCUAUUAUAAAAUGUAUUAUUUCCCUGAUAUCUCUCUCAGUGAGUUUGUUAUUUAUAUGUAA